UUACGCAACGAUGAUUAAAGACAUCAGAAAGUGUUGAACUUAUUAAACAUUCACAAUGUAUAUGUUAGGAAGGUAGAAUAAUGUCAACGUAUCUUUUUUGCAGUAAAAUACGCAUCCCCUGGAUCGAUAAUCGCCAGAGUUCCGUUUCCCCUACCAACAGGGGGACGUGUUUAACCAGUGCACCAGUUUAAUGUUGUAACUUUCGUUUCCUGAAUCGGCCAAGUGUCAGACACGAGUGAAUAUUCAUUUUUAUUUUAACCUAAACCACAUACAUAUCAGCCAACAACUACAUUAAGAAAAUGCUCCGAACAUUGUACCGGACCGGUGGUAUUGUUUUAAAGCAUUCCCAGAGGACAGUGCCCACAGUGCCAGCGUUGUGGGCGACACAAGCCCAGCAGCGAUGGGCGUCCAGUCUGCCCAUGAACACUGUGGUUCUGUUUGUACCACAACAAGAAUCCUGGGUUGUGGAAAGGAUGGGCCGCUUCCAUCACAUCUUGGAGCCGGGCUUGAAUUUCCUUAUCCCAAUCCUGGACAAAAUUCGUUAUGUUCAAAGUCUUAAAGAGAUUGUUAUUGAUGUCCCAGAGCAGUCUGCGGUCUCUUUAGAUAAUGUGACACUACAGAUAGAUGGAGUCCUCUAUCUUAGGAUAUUGGAUCCUUUUAAGGCUAGCUAUGGAGUUGAGAACCCAGAGUAUGCUGUCACCCAACUUGCUCAGACCACCAUGCGCUCAGAGCUAGGAAAACUGACCCUGGACAAAGUAUUCAGGGAAAGAGAGACCCUAAAUACCAACAUAGUCCACUCCAUAAACCAGGCAUCAGAUGAUUGGGGAAUCCGUUGCCUUCGUUAUGAAAUCAAGGAUAUACAUGUUCCACCUCGUGUCAAAGAGUCCAUGCAGAUGCAGGUGGAGGCAGAGCGUAAGAAGAGAGCCACUGUGCUGGAGUCGGAAGGGCACAAGGAAGCAGCCAUCAAUGUUGCUGAGGGUCGCAAGCAAGCUCAGAUCCUGGCCUCGGAAGGACAGAAAGCAGAACAGAUCAACAGUGCAGCUGGUGAGGCCAAUGCUGUCUUAGCCAAAGCAGAGGCCAAGGCUAAGGCUAUCCGGCUGUUGUCAGAGGCUCUAGCUGAGCAGAAUGGAAACGCGGCAGCUUCACUCAGUGUGGCUGAGCAGUACAUCUCAGCUUUCUCUAAGCUGGCCAAAGAGUCCAACACCAUCCUGCUGUCCUCCAACUCUGGUGACAUCAGUGGCAUGGUCACACAGGCUAUGGCUAUUUAUGGCAGCCUGGCCAAGCAGAGCUCAAAAAAUAUAGAACGUGUGAUCCCAGUGACCCCAGAGUGGGCGAUGGAGAAGAGUGAGGAGCCUGUGCCACCAGCCCAGUAGUGAAGGAUGUCAAGACCACUCAGAGUGGAGUCAAACACAGAACCAGAAGCAGUGCCAGACAACCACGAGGCUCCAUGGCAUUAUUGCCUGUUCAGCACCUCUACUGUCUGGCCCAAAGGACACGCUAUCUGCUGCAGGACAUAGAAACAGAAGGACAGGAUAAGAACGUAAAGACUUUGGGAAUGCUUAAAAGCCUGGAAACAUCAACCCAUUUGGGAGGGUACAUGUCACUUACACAUUGUUUUAUUUUGAUUGAUUGUUAUUGCACACAGUACAUACAUACAUACACAUGUUCCAAUUGUAAAUCCACGAGCUGUCGUAUUGAUACUCUUCUCUUGCAUCAAAAUAUCAAAAGACUGCGAUGGUUGGUAAACUACUAGCCUGGUUUAGAGCGUUCUGAAUUACCUCCUUCAUGCUCCUGAGUAAUAGGAUAGGAUAUGAUCUCUUUAAGUGAUGUACUGUUGCAAUGAUAAUCUCCUGUCUUUUACAUGUCCAACUAUUUGUCCUUCAUAUGUUUUCAUUUCAUAGUGUCAUGAAUGUUUUAGUUCAUGUGAGAGCUUGUACCCUGACAUUAAGAGCCUCCCAGCUUCAGAGCAAGCAGAAAAGGGAACAAGAUCAGAUAUGAAUAGAUGUUAGAAUGCAGUCUCCCCUGUAAUACUUUCAAUUUGUGUAGAUUCUAUUUAUCUACAUUAUUUUAGUCCCUGGACAUUUUUUGGGGUUGGGGUAGGUGUGUUGAAACUGUCUGAACUAAGUAAAGUUGUCACCAAAAGUACUUGUAAGAAAAUUACCUCAGAUCAAAAUACAUUAUGGAAAUGCAACGUUUUAUUUCACAUCAAUACCAGAUCGGAAAUGUCCUCUGUUUCAGGAAGGUUUGACACAACAUAGGAAAUGUAUCUAUACAAUGACAAUACACUAUCCUGACCAAUAAUGGCCUUCCAUGUUCAUGAGGAUGCUGUCACUAUUAAAUGAUUUUUGACUGGCUUUAGGGAAGAUUGUAACACACCUCAUCACAAUACAUCUUGGGAAAUGAUUGGUUUGAAUGAUUUGUAAGUGUACACAGCAGGGAUUUCAUAUUUUUAGUUUUUCCAUAUUUGUCAUUACAGUAAAUAUACAUACAAAAGUCAUACACUCUGAAAAUUAAAAUGAUCUCAGUAAAAUUUC